AUGUCGUCAGGAAGGUCCUUCGAGUCGAUGCUGUCCGAUCAAACGGGUCCUUUAAGCCGUCGACUUCGUCGAGAACGCCGCAUCGUGUCGCAAAUCGAAUUUCAGACCAGGUUCGAGGAAAAGGAUAAAGUCGAGCCAUCAGACCCGAAGACUAAAACCACAACUGCACGAGAGGUCCUGGAAGAAAGGGUCCCGGAGACCGUAAGGACUUUUCCCGGUGCCAGGACUAAGAAAAAUCCAGGUCCUGAAUUGUAUGCAACGUCUUCCCUGGACUGGGACUUGGAGUUUCGGAAUCAGGACUCGGAUGAAAAUUAUCCUGGACUAUUUAGCAGACAUGUGGAGGAUCCUAUCUAUGAUCAAAUAGAAGAGCUCGGUCCAACUCGAGCUGAUAAUAUAGAAAAAAUAAGAGACACUCCAAGAAGGUCUUCCACCUCCCAAGAAAAUUCCGCUCGAAAAUCGACAGGUAAAUCUGUAGAUAAAGAAACGGAAAAUACAGAUGACAAAAAACAUUUACUGACAUUAAGGGAUUCAAACGAUAAAAAUUCAUCUCCGGAUAAAAUCGAUUCAGAGUCGAGUAAAAAUGAAAGCGAUGUCUCUCGGGUUUCUCAAGACACGAAAAAUGCCCAAAAGUCAUUUUCUACCAACCUGAUGCCGAAAGUCAAAGGAUUCGUCGAGAAAUUGUCAUCGAACGUCUGGUUGAAGAAAUCGGAUAUUUUCAAUAAACGAAGACAUAAAAAACGAGGCGAAAUUAAACACCGCAGCUCGCAAACUUUGACAUUUGAAAAUAUUUCCAAUUUUUCUGAAGAGAAAGCCAACCCUGAAGAGGUCAAUAAUAAAUCGGACAUAGAGGACGAAGAUGAAAAUGUUCAAAAAAAUUCAGGAAAGAAAAUGUCAACUCCGGUCAACAAGAAUCUUCAAAAUGCUCCAAAAUUUGACUCGUGGGUAAAGGACUUUGACAUUGACGAUUCCAAGUCUAUUAACACUACAGUGUCUUCUGGUCAGGACGAUCGCAUCGACAUUUUCUUCGCUAAGAAAAAUAGCGACUUAUCGAAAAAAUCGACGAUAACCCCCGAAAAUUCUUCGGCAUGUCAAGAUGAAACCGACGAAGACAACGGCUGUUUAUGUUUAAAAAUAUGCCAAUUAUUAGCGCAUAAUAAAUCUGGUAGAAAAAAUUGA